GUUCUUCAGUUCAUUUUUUAAUUGAGUGAUGAAGAAAAAAAACACUUUCAUGUGUCUUCCCCCUGCUCGUACUCCUCUCUGUUAUCACAGCUCCUAUAUCCCCCAUCUCGCGCCUCCUAACGUCUCCCCUCCCUGCCUUUGCCAUGCUGAACUCCACCACCGAGGCCUACUCCAACUCCACGCCUCCGCCCGGCCCCCUGCUUUGGUACGAUCAUGAGGCGUGCGCUCCGGCGCCAUACAGCUUCCUCUUCUACUACGGGGUCAAGGUGCUCAACCUGCUGGUGGGUACGCCCUGCAACCUGCUGGUCUUGUGGCAGAUCGCCCGCAAAAAGAGCGACGCCACCACAUCUGAUACGUUCUUCUUCAACCUGGCAAUCUUGGACGCCUACUUCUGCCUCAUGACGCCCAUCGAGCUGGCCAACCGGCUCUACCUUGGCCACCCCAAGAUAAGGAACUUCCAGCGGUUUGCAUACGGCGUCAAAGACUUUGCAACCUUCUUCCUGGUGUGCAUCUGCCUGGACCGCUACAUGGCCGUGGUGCACCCGGUGCUGUUCACCCGUAUCCGUGACAACAAAAUCCGGGUGGGUGUCUCGGUGGUGGUCUGGGGCCUGAUGCUGGGCUAUGGCAUCACCAAGAGCCUGAUGCAGGUGGUGAGUGCCGCUCAGGUCUUCAGCGGGCUCGUCCUCGCCGCCUUCAUCCUCAUGGUGUUCUGCAAUGUCUCCAUCCUCUGGGUGCUGCGGCGCUCUGUGGCAGGCAAGGAGGAGAUGCACCCGGUGAAGAAGAAGGCCUUCAGGAUGGUGCUGAUCAUCCUGGGUAUCAUCGUGUUCAACUACCUACCGCCGGUGGCCCUGCUGCCCUUUGCGUCCUACUUCUCCUUUGUGGAGUUCCGCUGCCGGGUGAGCCCCAGCGUCUUCUCCCUCAUGGACGCGAGCAGCACUGUCGAACCCCUGCUCUACAUCACCAAGAUGGACAUGAAGGACAACGGCAGCGGCGGCUGGUGCUGCCGGCGGCGGGCAGCCGCACAGACACCACAUGAUGUCAAGGUCUGAGGGAGCACCUUUGGAUCCACUUCCUCUGGGAUCCACUGAGCCUACAAUUCACUUGCUCUGGGGUCCACUUCCUCCGUGAUGAACUUCCUCUGGGCUCUAUUUCACCUGGGAUCCAUUUCUCGGGGAUACACUCCCGUAUUGUAGACUUAAUCCCAGAUCGACUUCCUUUGGAAUCUGUUUCCUUUAAUAGAAUCAACCCGACACGGAAUACACUUCCUAUAAAUUCCACUUGUUCAUUCCCCUGUCUGAACAAGAACGGGGCAGGGAGAUUUGCACCAAAGGGAGGACCUCUUUGGUGUCCACAGGGCAUCCUCUUCCCUCUCCUCUUCAGAAUGAACAUGUUCAUUCUGCCAUUUGAACAUGUUCAUUCUGUCUCCCAUUGAAGAUGAAGCUAUGGUGCCCAAACCCCUCCUCCUAACUCCUCCCCCAAGAGUUCUGUUGCGUUUUGUAUCAGUCUCAGAAAUGCCUGAGGCUGAAACUUUGAAAGAGGUUCAGCCCCAGGCUAUAGCUUGUUUGAACGAUGGUAAUGAACAGCUUAGCCAAU